GAAAGCAGAAAAGAUACAGAGAGAGAGAGAGCAGCAGCAGCAAGAGGAGGAGAGAGCAACGGAAAGCAACCCAAGCGAGAGGAGGAGAAGGCUUUCCACUGUUUUCCUCCCUCCCACUUCCCUCACAUUCACACAGCACAGGACUCUCUCUUCAAUCGCCCCCUCCGUUGAUCCAUCCAAGAAUCCAUCCGCCCUUGUGCUCCAGCUCGGUCCGUUCAAGAAAAGCACGGAUUCGGUUUAUUCUUCCCUUCUUGUUGCCUUCUUCUGUGAUGAGGAGCUGAAUUCUCAGCUCCGUCUCUUGGCCCAGGCAGGAUUUGGGGAUUUGUUCUCCCCUUUCUUGAUUUUCGACUGGUUCUGUUGCUGUUCUUGACGAAAAAGGAGAGAGUUUGGGAUUGUGCCGUGCGAGGAAUUCGAGACGCGCUAAUGAAUUCCUGGGUCUUCGAAGCCAUGCUGCUCCUUUGACCAGUCUUCCACCUCGCGUUUCUUGCACAAUCUCCGCCGAGCUCCCCAAAAUUUAAUCUUGGGGUGUUGCUCAGCUCGAAUCCCCCGGUUCUUGAUCCGGUGGCUCCAUCUCCAUGGGUCUCUGCCAUGGCAAGUCAGCCACGGCCACGGCCACGGCUACGGAGCCGGUGCCGGCGGAGAAACCCCAUGUAGCUAGCGGCGCGGCAACCCCUGCCGCGGCCCGCGGCGGGGCCGCGUCGCCAGCAGCCCCGGCGUCGAAGCCCGGCACGCCGAAGCAGCCCAAGUUCCCGUUCUACAUGCCCAGCCCGCUCCCGCCGUCCAGCUUCAAGGGAUCGCCGGCGAGCUCCAGCGUGGCGUCCACGCCGCGGCGAGGCGUGUUCAGGCGGCCCUUUCCGCCGCCGUCGCCCGCGAAGCACAUCCGUGCGUUCCUGGCGCGGCGCCACGGCUCCGUCAAGCCCAACCAGGCGUCCAUUCCCGAGGCCGGCGAGCCGGGAGUGUCGCUGGAUAAGAGCUUCGGCUUCUCCACGCACUUCGCCGCCAAGUACGACCUCGGCAGGGAGGUGGGGCGCGGACACUUCGGCUACACCUGCGCCGCCACCGCCAAGAAGGGCGAGCUCAAGGGCCAGGAAGUCGCCGUCAAGGUCAUCCCUAAGGCUAAGAUGACCACUGCAAUUGCUAUUGAAGAUGUCAGGAGAGAAGUCAGAAUAUUGAGUUCUUUGACUGGCCACAACAACCUAGUGCAAUUUUACGAUUCUUGCGAGGAUGAAGAGAACGUAUAUAUAGUUAUGGAGUUAUGCAAAGGAGGCGAGCUGCUGGACAAGAUUUUGGCUAGAGGUGGAAAAUAUUCUGAAGAGGAUGCAAAGGUUGUUAUGCGCCAAAUUUUAAGUGUUGCUUCAUUUUGUCACCUUCAGGGUGUUGUUCACCGGGAUCUGAAACCAGAGAACUUUCUUUUCACCUCAAAGGAUGAGAGCUCUGACUUGAAGGCCAUAGACUUUGGUCUGUCUGAUUUUGUAAAGCCAGAUGAAAGACUUAAUGACAUUGUUGGAAGUGCAUAUUAUGUUGCUCCAGAAGUGCUCCAUCGAUCUUAUGGCACCGAGGCAGAUAUGUGGAGUAUUGGAGUAAUUGCGUACAUCUUGCUCUGUGGAAGCCGCCCUUUCUGGGCACGAACAGAAUCAGGAAUAUUCCGUGCUGUCCUUAAAGCGGAACCUAAUUUUGAUGAAGCUCCAUGGCCUACCCUCUCUGCUGAAGCGAAAGACUUUGUGAGAAAGCUGCUUCAUAAGGAUUACCGCAAGAGGAUAACUGCUGCACAAGCCCUCUGCCAUCCAUGGAUUCGUGGCACUGAAGAAGUGAAGAUUCCCUUAGACAUGAUAAUUUACAGGCUUAUGAGGGCUUACAUAAGCUCAUCUUCUCUACGGAAAUCUGCUUUGAGGGCACUUGCCAAGACAUUGACGACCGAUCAACUAUUCUACCUAAGAGAGCAGUUUGAAUUGCUGGGGCCAAACAAGAGUGGAUAUAUCACCUUGCAAAAUUUGAAGACGGCUUUGACAAAGAACACCAUGUAUGUAAUGAAGGAUUCUAGGAUUCUGGAAUUUGUUAACACAAUUUGCAAUAUUCAGUACAGAAAGCUGGAUUUCGAGGAGUUCUGUGCUGCUUCCGUGAGUGUGUACCAGUUGGAAAGUUUGGACACCUGGGAACAGCAUGCCCGGCAGUCGUAUGAGUUAUUCGACAAGGAGGGUAACCGGCCAAUUGUGAUCGAAGAACUUGCAUCGGAGCUUGGACUUGGCCCUUCGGUUCCCCUUCAUGUUGUUCUCCAAGACUGGAUCAGGCAUUCUGAUGGAAAGCUGAGCUUCCUAGGAUUCAUAAAGCUACUGCAUGGAGUUUCUUCGCGUGCUACGCCAAAAGCCUAAUCUCUGGCUCUGGUUGGCAUGAAGCGGGUACAAAGAUUAACAGACUGUCCUGGUGACGGUUGUAGGAGAUAAAAAGGAAGAGCUCUCUUGUUUAGGCCUGCAUUUUGCCUCCUCUUACUACCGCGUGGAUUGAUGUUGUGUAGAGGAAAUGUACAGAUUAGGUUAGGAGAAAGGAUGGAAGAUUUCGUGGGUACCAGAUGGAAAGUUUGGACACCUGGUAUCGGCGUUGUAUUCUGAUGCCCUGAUUACAGAUUGUACUGUCGUA